AUGGACGAGUCCACGGGUCCGGUAAAAUCCGUCAAUCCGUCUCAGGCGAGAGGAGCCAAAGCUUUGUCCGGCGAGAAGUCGAAUAAAGAGGCCCCUGCGCCGAGAGACGGCGCCAGGCCGGCUCCCCGCGGCAGAGAGAACCUCACCGGUGCGAAGGAUGAGCAUAGUACAGGCAGCCAGGGAGGCCGCGGGCAAGGCAAGACUUCUGCAGAUAACCCGCAGGAGAAAAGGCGAGGUCGGCCUGCCAGGCUGACGAGACUGACGGGUAGAACAAGUUCUGGGGAGCGAGGCAAAGGCAAAGUGGCAAACUCGCAGCAGCUGACGGCACAGGCUGCCGACCCCAGGGCCUCUCUUUCUGCAGACAGCAGCCCCUCGGCAAACAGAGAGACCAACUCUCCUGCGCAGCCCGGGACACCUGAGAAACACCUCGCCGAGCAGGACAAGAGCUCCGUUCUCACUCCUGCGAAGGAAAAGUCCCAUGGGGUGAAAGCGCUGAUGCGUCGGUCUGUUGACGAGGCCGCAGAGGUGAGACCCACCGUGGACGACGGACCCCUGACAGAGCAACAGCUCGGCCUCCGGCAGGCAGAGGACCGUCUCUGCAGAGACUAUAUCCACCGACUGCUGAAACAGUCCCCGGAGUACCCCAACUACCAGUACUUAUGCAAGCUCUGUUCCGUGCACAUCGAGAACAUCCAGGGAGCACACAAACACAUCAAGGAGAAGAGACACAAGAAGAACAUCAUGGAAAAACAGGAGGAGAACGAGCUGCGCGCCCUGCCGCCUCCCGCCGCCGCCCAGCUCCAGGCCGUGGAUGAGUGCGUCGUGGAAACAGCCCGGCUGCACGGCAUCUCGGAUGAGGACUUCGAGAUCCGGAAGGCCGUGGUCGUCAGGAUGGAGGAGAUCAUAAAGAGGCACCUCUCAGCUUGUUCCCUCCGUCUCUACGGUUCAUGUCUCACCCGCUUCGCCUUCAAGACGAGUGACAUCAACAUCGACGUCACCUUUCCUUCCCCGAUGACGCAACCCGAGGUCUUGAUUCAAGCGCUGGAAAUCCUCAAAAGGAGUCCUGAAUUUUCGGAGGUUGAGUCAGAUUUUCACGCCAAAGUUCCUGCUAUCUUCUGUCGGGACGUGUGCAGCGGCCUGAUCUGUAAAGUUAGUGCCGGCAAUGACGUCGCUUGCCUCACCACCAAUCACCUGGCAGCCCUUUCCAAGCUGGAGCCCAGAUUGAUCCCACUGGUGCUGGCCUUCCGUUACUGGGCAAGGCUGUGUCACAUCGACUGCCAGGCUGAAGGAGGCAUCCCCUCCUACUCCUUCGCCCUCAUGGUCAUCUUCUUCCUGCAGCAGAGGAGAGAGCCCAUCCUCCCCGUCUACCUGGGCCGCUGGAUCGAAGGCUUCGAGGUGAAACGCGUGGAUGAGUAUCAUCUAACUGGAAUUGCGCUGGACAUUUUUGUCAAAUGGGAGCACAGACCCCCAAGCUCCACGGAGGGACGAGGGGAGAGCCGCAACGAGGCCCGAGGCGAGAGCAGAUCCAAACCCGAACAGAACAAACUGGACGAUUCUCAUUAUUCUGAGGGCUUGACUCGCUUAACCUUGGACCUGGGUAAAGGUGUGACGCUGGGCCAGUUGUGGUUAGAGCUCUUGCGUUUCUACACGCUGGAGUUUGCUCUGGAAAAACAUAUCAUCAGCAUCCGCUUGAAGGCGCUCCUCUCUCGGGACCUGAAGAACUGGCCUCGCCGCAGGCUCGCUAUUGAAGAUCCUUUUGCCUUGAAAAGGAAUGUUGCACGGAGCUUGAACAGCCAAAUGGUGUUUGAGUACAUCCAGGAGCGCUUUCGCACAGCGUACAAAUACUUUGCGUGCCCUCAGAGGAGGGGCCACGGCGGCUGCCAGAGGAGCAGGAGGGCCAGCAAGCGAUGCGCACAACUGGAAGGAGGCGAGAAGGAGGAGAAGGAAGAGGACGAAUGGAUAGGUGGAAAAAAAGGGGGGCAGCUGGAGGAGGACGAGGAGGAGCCGGACAGCGACGACGACGAAGAUUGUUCAGAUUUGUCCAGAAAGAAGGAUGAGAGGACUUUAGAGGCCAGCCUCAUGGACCUGGUUCUCAGCGAGGAAGGGAAGGAAGCUUCGUUCUCCGCCAAUGGCCUGUUGGACAGUGACGAGGACGAGGACGAGGAGGAGAACGGUGUUUCAGAGAAGGACGGGAUCGUUGCAUCAGACGAUCUGCACUAUGUGUUUGAUAAGAUGAUUUUCACUGGUGGGAAGCCUCCGACUGUCGUUUGCAGCAUCUGCAAACGAGACGGUCACCUGAAGGACGAGUGUCCCGAGGACUUCAAGAAGAUCGAGCUGAAGCCUCUGCCCCCAAUGAACGAGCGCUUCAGAGAAAUCCUCGACGGGCUGUGCAGACAGUGCUACUACGAAUUGUCACCGACGCCUGUUGAGCAGCAGAAGAGGGAGCAGAUCCUCUUAGGCCUGGAGCGGUUCAUCAGGAAGGAGUACAAUGAUAAAGCUCAGCUUUGCCUGUUUGGUUCCUCCAAAAAUGGUUUUGGCUUCUGCGACAGCGACCUGGACAUCUGCAUGACUCUGAAGGGCCAUGAGACCGCAGAGAAGCUGAACUGCAAAGAGAUCAUCGAAGGCCUCGCAAAGGUUUUAAAGAAGCACACAGGUCUGAGGAACAUCCUGCCUAUCACAACAGCUAAAGUGCCUAUAGUGAAGUUUGAGCACCGACAGAGUGGAUUGGAGGGAGACAUCAGCCUUUACAACACGCUGGCUCAACACAACACCAGAAUGCUGGCGACGUACGCAGCCCUGGAUCCACGCGUGCAGUUCCUCGGAUACACAAUGAAGGUUUUUGCAAAGCGCUGCGACAUCGGAGACGCAUCCAGAGGAAGCCUGUCGUCGUACGCCUACAUCCUGAUGGUGCUUUACUUCCUACAGCAGCGGCAGCCGGCGGUCAUCCCCGUCCUGCAGGAGAUCUUUGAUGGGAAGACUGUUCCUGAGCGGAUGGUCGACGGCUGGAACGCCUUCUUUUUCGAUAACCUUGAGGAUCUGUCCGCACAGCGUCGGCGUCUCUCGGAGCUGCAGCCCAACACGGAGUCGGUCGGCGAGCUGUGGCUGGGCCUCCUGCGCUUUUACACAGAGGAGUUUGACUUCAAAGAGCACGUCAUCAGCAUCCGCCAGAGGAAACGCCUCACCACCUUCGAGAAGCAGUGGACCAGCAAGUGCAUCGCCAUCGAAGAUCCUUUUGAUUUAAAUCAUAAUCUCGGUGCUGGAGUUUCUCGCAAAAUGACAAACUUCAUCAUGAAGGCUUUUAUUAAUGGCAGGAAGUUGUUCGGAACGCCGUUCUACCCCAUCCCCAGCACCGAAGUGAGCUACUUCUUCAACUCCACGGUGCUGACUGACGGCGAGUUGGCGCCAAACGACCGGUGCUGUAGGAUCUGCGGGAAGAUCGGACACUACAUGAAGGACUGUCCAAAGAGACGAAGGAUAAAGAAGAAGGAAAACGACAAAGACGAGGAUGCGAAGGAGGAAGAGCGGGAGCCGAAGGACCGCCGCUGUUUCCAGUGUGGGGACAUGGGUCACGUACGGAGGGACUGUCCCGAGUACCGCCACCUAAAACAGAGGGUGGCCGGAGCGCCAGGUAUCCACACGCACGCACCUCCUCACAUGGUACGAACUAUGGUGAGCUCGCAGUCCAUCCCCAUCCCGCAGGCAGCGGCAGACUAUCCUGGACGGACCAGACAGUCCUCUGAGUGUUCGGACAGUCGUCAGACUCCGCCUUACUCCCCGCAGCCCACCGCCGGUCCUCUGAGUUCCUCCCAGUCCUCCAGCUCCCCACAGCCCUCCCACAGUAAGACCGGUUCCGCCGGUCCCCCGAAACCGCCUGCUCACCCCCAGGUCCCCCUGUCCCUCUUCAGCUUCCCCACCUCCCUCCCAGGCCAGUACCACCCGGGGACGCUCACCGCACUGGGCCUUCUGCCCUCCCACCAGUCCCAGGGGCAGCCCCACCACCCGGUCCACAUCCCCUCCACCUCCUGGCCCAUCCACGGUCCAGUCCUCACCGCGUCCUCUCCCACCGCCCCCUCCCCGCCCGGCCUGAAGUUCGCCCUGCGCUCGCCGUCCAGCGGCGGCAGUCCCACGGGCUCGGGGGUCAGUCCCAAUCCCAUGAACCUGAACGACCCCAGCAUCAUCUUCGCCCAGCCGGCGGGGAGGCAGCUGGGCCUCAGUGGGCCGGGCCGGGACGGACACUGGCACAACCACAUGGCACCACCGGGGUCACUCAUGGGCAACGGCACUGUAGUCAAGUCAGAGUCGGGUCACGGUCCGGCCCAGUUCGUAGGAGUCAGUCCCGGCUCUCGGGUGUGGGAGCACAACAAGACCCCCCAGUUCGGCCUGUCCCCCCCCUGGCCCUACCGGAUGCCCCAGAACUUCAUCCAGCAGGGCAACGGAGGCUUCCAGCCCGGGAAGCCCUUCAUGGCCCACGGUUCUGUUGUUAAUCCAAAUCCAAACUUCCCACUGGUCCCUCACGUCCGGCACCAAGUCAACCUGAACUUCAUCCAGCAGAAGAAGUGAACUCACGUCUCCCUUUUUAAUUCGGUUUCUGGUCAGUGACACAACGAGGCAGAACAAACGUUCCUCUUUGCAUCAUUUGAUCGCAGGAAUUUUUAAAAAUGAAUUUUAUCAUUUUUGUACAGUUUUUAUGUUUUACUUUUUUUUUUGUCUCAUUGCAUUGAUUUGUGAUACAAAUGUCAAAUAUUUUAAUACCCCCAUUUUUGAGGGGGUCCAAAAAAGUGUUUUUAUUUUAUGUGUAAAGUACAGAAGAAAAAAUGUAAACCUUUAUUUUUAUUAGCUGUAUUCAUACUUUGCUUGCAACAAGAUGAAGGCUUUGAAUAGACGUUUGUUUUAAAAACAAUCUAACAUGUCACCCUCAGUAUGUAGUGCCAAACGCAGGGGUAGCAAGAAAAAAGGGACAAAUCUUAAAAUAUGAAGAAGAAAAAAACUACAAAAAAAUAAAGAAAAAAAGCAAA